CGGCGGCGGCGGGCGGGGCCGGCGGCGGCGCCAUGGAGCGGAGAAGGGAGCGCUGGGAACGGAGAGGGGAGCAGCGCUGAGUGCGGAGGUGGUGCGAUGGCGGCGCCGGGCCCCGUCGCUGUGAGUCGGGCCGCGGGGUCAGGGCGCGGGGAGCCCGAGCAGGAGCGGCCGCUGCCCCUGACGCGGUUGUUGCCGCAGGACGCGAACGGCGUGGGCGGCAGGGCGGUGCGCGUGGGCACCCGCCGGAGCCAGCUGGCCCGGAUUCAGACUGACAGUGUAGUUGAGAUGCUCCGUGAUCUGUAUCCUGACCUCCACUAUGAGAUUGUUGCCAUGUCAACAACAGGAGACAAGAUCUUGGAUACAGCACUUUCCAAGAUUGGGGAGAAGAGCCUCUUCACCAAAGAGCUGGAAAAUGCACUCGAAAGAAAUGAAGUUGACCUGGUGGUUCACUCCUUGAAGGAUCUGCCAACUUCUCUUCCUCCUGGCUUUACCAUUGGCGCUGUCUGCAAAAGGGAAAACCCGCAUGAUGCUGUUGUCUUUCAUCCCAAAAAUUCUGGGAAAACACUCAGCCUCCUUCCUGAAAAGAGUGUAGUUGGAACCAGUUCACUUCGGCGAGCGGCCCAGCUCAAAAAGAAGUUUCCUCACUUAGAAUUCAGGGAUAUUAGAGGGAAUUUAAACACCCGCUUGAAGAAAUUGGAUGAGAAGGAAGACUUUGGUGCCAUAAUCCUGGCUGCUGCUGGGCUGAAGAGAAUGGGCUGGGAAAAUCGCAUCGGCCAGAUUCUAAGCCCAGAAGAUUGUCUGCAUGCUGUUGGACAGGGUGCCUUAGCAGUGGAAGUUCGUGCCAAAGACCAAGAGAUACUGAAUAUGGUAUCUGCCCUGCAUGAUAGAGAAACUGUGCUGUGCUGCAUUGCUGAGAGAGCCUUUAUGAAACAUUUGGAGGGUGGAUGUAGUGUUCCUGUUGCGGUCAACACCAUGCUGAAAGAUGGCCAGUUGUACUUGACUGGAGCAGUCUACAGCUUGGAUGGUUCUGAUAGCCUGAGGGAGACUAUGCAGACCAGCGUUAAUUAUCCCCAACAGAAUGAAGAUGGACCAAACGAUGAUGUGCAGCAUGUUGGCAUCACAGCCAAGACUGUUCCUCGUCAGGCCCAGCAAGCUGCAGAGAACCUUGGUGUUGAACUCGCUAGUUUACUUCUGAGCAAGGGAGCUAAACAUAUCCUUAGUGUAGCAAGGCAGCUCAAUGAUGCCCUCUAAACUUGUGGUGCAGUAGGCAUGACUGCUACAACUGUUGCUCAGGCUGCUGCAGCUACUGUGUCAUCAUCCUUUGUGGGAAGGGAUUUAUUUAAACAUUCACAUCAAUCUCAUCUGAUGUGUGGUCAUAAAAACUUGAAAUAGAAAGUUAAUUUGUGAGGACUUAGCUUUUCAGGGAUUUCAUCCCUCUACGUUUCUCCAACUUGCAAGCUAUCUCUUUGAAGCUUGUUUCAGUGAUUUGAUUGGGUUCCUAGAAAGUCAAAAAGCUUGGGAAAUGUUCUGCAGCAUUCAGGAAUAAGGAACUGAAUACAAAUUAUAAUCAAAGACUAAGUUGUGACAGGACUAAAGAAAAUAAUUUUGGUAGUUAUAGAACUUGCACAAACAUUUGAAUACUAUUUUUGAAUAUUAUUUCAGCCUGUUUGCUCAUCAGAGUGUACUGGGUUCCUAACACAGGGUUCUUCAUAGUAGAGCUCCAAGGAGACUAUGUUCAUCAUAGGUCUCAGUUAAACCACUAAUUAAGUGUAAUCCGAAGUACCUUAGAUGGCCAAUUUAUCCCUGGAUAGAUGUAGUCUUGAGACAGUCACUUAUAUACAAUAACCAAUCAAGAGGGGAGAAAAUGGGCUUAUCAUGCCUUUUUCUGUAACUUGUUGGCUACUUCCUUAUGGUGAAGAGGUGACAUGUCCAGUUCCAUUUGCAGAUUCUCUCUCUGAAGAGAGGACUUCUGUAUUAGUGCCUUGUAGGAACGCUGACAUGGCAUCUUGUUGGGGUAUUGUUUUGGAAAUGAAGCAUUGUUUAUUCUCUUGGCAAAGCCCAGUAAAUGUAACAGCCAAUAAAUACAGUUAA